GAGAAAGAGUGAAAAAAUGGCGACAAACUUUGACAUGAACAACAUGACCGUGGAACAGCUUAUGGCACUUAGUGAGAUAGUUAAUGAUAGCGACUAUGAGGAAAGUUUCGAGGAUGAAGUGGAGAAAAUAUCUGAGGACAAAUUCUACCGAGUUGCACCUAAGGAUAAGGGCAAAGAUCUCUUUGAAGGAAAAAGUCAAUUCAUAGAUGAAGGUGACCGUUCUACUGACCCAAAGAGACCGAGAAGACGACCACUGAAUGAGAAGGGUGAGAGAGGUAUAAUGCCAACAUGGAAAUACUCCGAUCGACAGAAGGCAAAGGCUUUACUAGUUGAAGAGGCAUACCAGAGCUUACUCAGCAGAGGAGUAGAAGGUCUACCACCAACAAUGGGAGGAAGAUGGAGAACAGACGACCCUCAGGUAAAUGCGGAGAUGAAGAGGUUACAUAACAUUAGGAAUCCAAAGCGUCCCAGAGGUAGACCACCAAAGGCUAAGGCUAGUAGUGUUGUUAAGGGUCCCCGAGGACGACCACCAAAGGUUAAGUCUAACGCUGAGGUUGUGAUACCAAAAAAACGUGGAAGACCACCAAAGGUAAAGGUUACCGAAACACUAAAACCCAAAGUUAAGAGACAGACAGUAGCUGAGAGGUUUAUAAGUCAAAACAAAAUAAAACUCUCAAUUCCUGCGGAUAGCGUUAUAACUCAGGUUGGACCAAAGAAGUUCACGGUGACUGUGGAUCUCAGUAGAAAACCAACAAGGAAAGCUCCCGAGGCGCCAAAGGGUGUAGCUUCAUGGAAACCUACUCCUAAGCCUAGAACCGUAUUCCCUAAGGAAAGACCGGUUCCUAAACCUAGAACCAAACUUCCAAGAGAAAGACCAGUCCCUAAACCUAGGGUCAAAAAGCCAGUGCCUGCUCCAAAGUUAAGAAAGCCUGUAAAGGUAAUGAAGGAAGUUGCGGAGCAGCCUGUAGUGGUAGCACCUGAGCAGCACGAAAUUGAUCCAUUUGGAACAUAUCUUGAGAAGCCGUCUUAUAGGAAAAUAGAAACAGCCGCAAAUGGAGCAGCUGUGACUUACUCAAUAACUCCAAAUUAUAUGGAUCCACUAAACCAAAUGACAGCAAGUAGGCAGGUGGUGAGAGGAGUGUUGGUAAAUGAAAUGAAGAGAAUGGGAGGUCUUAAAUACACGGAAACAAUCAAAAUAAGGAUGUCUAAGGAAAUCGGAAACGAUAAAACUAAAAAGGAUUCAAUAUACUUCAAAUCAAAAACAGGAACUGCUACAAACUUUGAGGACAUUGAGAGCACUGCCGCUCAGAAUCAACUUACCAUCUUGUCUAAAAUUGAAACCUUUCAGAACUUAGGUUCAAAUUGGAUUAUACUGAACAUUGAAAGUCACUACAUUAAUAUCGCGAUGUACAAGCCACUGAAGGGUAGUUCAUAUAUGAAAUUACCUGCAGACAUUUGCAAUCCGAAAUGUGGUCUAAUUAACAUGCAAAACGAUGAUGAGAAAUGUUUUAUGUGGAGUCAUCUGAGACACGUAAGACCAAGAGCUAGGAGAGCAACAACUAUAACAAAGCAAGAUAGGGAGUUCGCGAAAAACCUAGAUUAUAAAGGUAUAGACUUCCCAGUAAAGAUAAGCGAUAUUGAUAAAAUUGAGAGAAAGAAUUCUAUAAGUAUUUCAGUGUUCGGUUAUAAGGGCAAAAAGCAGUUCUACCCAAUCAGGAACUCUAAGACCAAAUACGACGAACAUAUGGAGCUGCUGCUGCUAGGUGAUAAUAACGGUGGUAAUCACUACGUCCUAAUAAAGGAUGUAAAUAGAAUGCUCUUCAGUGUUAGCGGAAACUCGAACAAGAAACACUUCUGUUUAUAUUGCCUCCAUAGUUGCGUUAGCGAAGAAUCAUUAAAGAAACAUAGUGAAACGUGUAUCAGUGUAAAUGGGACUCAGGCCACAAAGCUUCCAAAUGAAGGUUCAAAAAUAAAGUUCGGGCACUAUAGGAAUUCAAUGCCUGCACCCUUUGUGAUCUAUGCUGACUUUGAGUCUAUGCUGGUUCCUGAGGAGAGAAAAGCUGAAUCUGGAGACGCUGAGGACAAAAGUACUACAGAACUUUACCAGACACACAAAGCUUGUAGUUUCGGGUUAAAAACAGUGUGUCAUUAUGAUGAUCAGUAUUCUGGUGAAUAUGUGAGCUAUGUUGGUGCAGACGCUACAGAGGUCUUCCUGAAGACAGUUCUGAAGGAAUCUAUUAAGUGUCGGGAAAUGGUGAACAAAAUAUUCAAAAAGAAGAUGGUCAUUACACCGGAACAAGAGACUGAGUUUUGGAUGACAAGAAACUGCUCCAUCUGCGGCAAUGACUUGGGGGAUGACAGAGUGAGAGACCACGAUCAUGUAACCGGACUGUUCCGCGGAGCUGCACAUAAUAUGUGCAACUUGAAAUAUAGAAUCACAUGGAAAGUUCCGGUGGUCUUCCAUAAUCUAAGAGGAUACGAUAGCCAUCUGAUAAUGCAGGAGAUUGGUAAGUUCAAGAUGAAUAUUAACGUGAUUCCAAAUAACAUGGAAAAGUACAUUUCAUUCUCGUUAGGUAAAAGUCUAGUGUUCAUUGAUUCAAUACAGUUCAUGGCCUCAUCUCUGGAAGCACUUGUGAGUAAUCUUUCACCUGAAGACUUCAAGAUAGUCGGUCAGCGGUGGCAAGGAGAGGACUUCGAUCUCGUAAGACAGAAAGGUAUAUUUCCAUAUGAAUACCUGGAUGAUAUCAGCAAACUCGACACCAAGGAACUUCCAAGCAGAGACAAAUUCUACUCAUCUCUAUAUGAAUCUGAAGUGAAAGAAGAAGAUUACCAGAGAGCUCUAAAAGUCUGGGAUCACUUCAAGAUGAAAACAAUGAGAGAUUACCACGAUCUCUACCUGGAGACUGACGUUCUUCUUCUAGCGGAUGUUUUUGAGAAUUUCAGGAAGACCUGCUUGGAAAAUUACAAGCUUGACCCUGCUCAUUACAUCUCAGCACCAAGUCUAAGUUGGGACGCAUUCUUAAAGCAGUCAGGAGAAGAAAUAGAAUUGGUAAGCGAUAUGGAUAUGUUCCAGUUCUUUGAGAAGGGAAUGCGCGGUGGGGUAAGUCAUAUUGCUCACAGACACUCUACGGCAAAUAAUAAGUACAUGGAAACUUAUGACGAAGAAGCUGAAAACAAGUUCUUGAUGUACCUAGACGCCAACAAUUUAUAUGGCUGGGCGAUGUCUCAACCGCUGCCUAACGGUGAAUUUGAGUGGAUCGAAAACGUUGACGAAAUAAAUAUUGAUGACUACUUAGGAGACUGUGGAAGGGGUAUGGUUCUUGAAGUUGAUAUGGAAUAUCCAGCAGAACUUCAUGACAUACAUAAUGGUUAUCCUCUAGCUCCAGAAAGUAAGGAGAUUGAUGUGUCAAUGUUAUCAGACUAUGCUAAGGAUAUUGCUGAUAAAUUCCAGCUGACAAUUGGAGGUGUGCGGAAACUGGUAAACUCCUUGGGUCCUAGAAAGAAUUACGUUCUACAUGUCAGGAAUCUAAAACUCUAUAUGGAGCUCGGAAUGAAACUUACAAAGGUUCACAGAGCAGUCUCCUUCAAGCAGUCAACUUGGUUAAAAAAGUAUAUUGACUUUAAUACUCAAAAACGAUCAGUCGCCAAGAAUGCGUUUGAGAAAAACUUCUUCAAGCUCAUGAAUAAUUCCAUAUAUGGAAAGACUAUGGAGAACUUAAGGAAAAGGGUUGAUGUGAAACUGGUGUCAUCUGAGAACGAUCUCCUAAAACUUACAGCAUCACCGUGCUUCCAGUCACAUAGAAUUAUGAAUGAGAGCUUGAUUGUGGUAAAAAGGUUAAAGGAAGUGUUAACUCUGAAUAAACCGUGUUAUGUGGGAAUGAGUAUCUUAGACCUAUCCAAGACUCUAAUGUACGACUUCCAUUACAACACAAUUAAAAAGGAGUACGGUAACAAGUCGAAGCUCCUUUUCACAGACACGGAUAGUCUCAUGUACGAGAUCAAAACUGAUGACGUGUAUGAGGACUUCAAGAGGAUCGGUAAGGAGAAGGACUGUUGGGAUAAUUCAGAUUAUCCAAAAGAUUCUCCGUAUUACUCAGCCCAUAAUAAGAAGGUUAUUGGGAAGUUCAAGGAUGAAGCUGAAGGAGUACCGGUGAUAGAAUUCGUGGGGCUAAGGUCGAAGAUGUACUCUUAUGUAAAGGAGAGUGGCGGAGGUGGAAUGACAGCUAAAGGUGUAAAAAAGUAUGUGAUUCGAAAUAAACUCACUCACGAAAACUUCAAGAACGUGAUUAAGACUAAAGGUCGGAUGAGACAUAAGAUGAAUACAAUCAGGUCCAUCAAACAUAAGAUUGGAACUUACCAACUGAAGAAAAUUACACUGAGCUGUUUCGAUGACAAAAGAUACUUACUUGAAGAUGGUGUUACAAGUUACGCGUACGGACAUCACUCAAUAGGUGACAUAAAGGCUGAGGUGGUAAUUGAAGAAAAAGUGGAACCAAGCUGGGUACCAGAAAGGGUCGAAACUCAGAGUGAAUACUGUAGACUCGAGGAAGCAGUAGAACUCUAUGAAGGCGCUUGCUGGGAAGACUUAGAACCACGGGAAGAGAAACAUAUUCCUAGACCAGAAUAUAAAGUAGUAAUCCCACUGAAGAGGUCUAAGUUUAAGAAACUAGUACCGUUGUGUAUAGUUGUAACUGAUGAGAAUCAUCUAAGGAAAAACUAUGAUGUGUUACCAGAAGAUGAAAGAAAAUACUUAAGAAUGGUGGUGGGCGAGAAAGCGAAGUCGUUGGGUGUUCAGGCAAUCAGAAUCCCUGGAAGCGACAAGUUGAUUGCAAUUGGAUUUUGAGUAAAGUGUUAACUAGAAGGUUUGAGAUUGGACGGGAAGUUGAUUUGAAGAUAGAAGAUUGGAGGGUUCUUCGAAGAUGGUCUAGAAAAAUAUGAGCCCUAGUAUAUGAUAAUAAUUCUUGUAAAUAAUAAUGCUGAAAAAUAAUAGAAAAAUAACGCCAAAAAUAAUAGAAAAAAUAAUACCAAAAAUAAUAGAAAAAUGGUCUAGAAAAAUAUGAGCCCGCGUUUUUGAGGGAAAAAUAUGGAAACCGCUGACCGGAAGUUGGGUGAGAUCGCGGGGCGAAAAAGUGGUCUAGAACCCUCAUUCCCUAUACUACUAAUAGACAAUAACCAGACACUGCAGCAAGGCACUAG